AUUAACCUUCCGUCGGGCGCAUUUAAUCUGUGAGAUGAGUAGAAUUUGUUUUGGUCUACCAAGUUUCAGUGUUUCACCACAGAGAGCAGGGCUUCCCGCUAUCUUCCUGACUCCUACCCUCCUUGCCGACCCUACCCCCACUUUAGAUCCAGUACGUUCUAUGAUGUCGUCAGAGAAGGUUGAAUCUGUGAGAUUAAUUGCGCCUGAUCACGUAAGUUAACUAAUUUCAUUUUUUUGCAAAUUUAUCUUAAUUAAUUUUGAUAUUACUAUUUAAUUUUACUUAUUAUGGAUUACAUACUUACUUAUUGAAAAUUAAAAACCAUUAAUCCUGAACUAAUCUGUCAGAUGAGUUGCGCCCGAACGUGAGAUUUAUUUAUACUUUUAUUAUUUUUUUUAUUACAGAAUCAAAUGGUAAAAAGACGGGAACUUUUUAACACCCAGAACCCAGACGACCUCGCAGCCAUUCAUGAAUUAUUAUUCAAUGAAGAGGACGUGCUGGAAAAUGAAGACAAUGGCGACGAAUCCGAUACCGACGCAGAAGACAUAGUUGAAGAAAGGCAAGAAGACUCUGAUUCAGAGCAAGAAGGAGAUAGCUCUGAAGAAGAUGAAUGCUGUACCGAUGUUUGUUUCGGUAAAGAUAAGAUUACAAAAUGGUCAAAAAAAAAACCUAACACCCGGGUAAAACGAGCAAGUCAAAAUGUUUUGAUGCAUUUGCCGGGUGUGAUAGGGGAAGCACGAAAUGCUUCUUCUCCAUUAGAAUGCUGGAAAUGCAUUAUGUCUGAGGAAAUAAUAAACAUGAUUGUGAAUUACACAAACAUAUUUAUUGAAAGCAUUCGUAUCCGCUUUCAAAGAGAUAGAGACGCGAAACCUACAGAUGUAGCUGAAUUCAAGGCGUUUAUCGGAUUACUCUAUCUUGCUGGGGUACUUAGGAGUAAUCGGCAAUCCUUGGAAGAAUUGUGGGGAGAGGACGGGUGUGGUGUGGAACGGUUUCGUCUCGUUAUGAAUUUAAAGAGAUUUAAAUUUCUUGUGAGAUGCACUCGAUUUGAUGACAUUAGCACCAGAGAGUCCAGAAAAGCUCAAGACAAAUUGGCAGCUGUCCGCGAUAUUUUCCAAUUAUUUGUAGACAACUGCCAAAAAAGCUACUCAGUCGGGGAAAACGUGACAAUAGACGAAAAGCUGGAAGGGUUCCGCGGAAGGUGUUCCUUUAGGCAAUACAUACCAUCUAAGCCUAAUAAAUAUGGAGUGAAGAUUUAUGCUCUUGUCGAUGCUAAAAUGUUCUAUACAUAUAAUCUAGAAAUUUAUGCUGGCAAGCAGCCAGAGGGACCCUACAAAAUGAGCAAUUCACCGAAAGACGUUGUUUUAAGAUUAUCACAGCCUAUUUUCGGAACUGGGCGAAACAUAACUUGUGACAACUGGUUCACAAGUUUUGAGUUGUUGCAAUUUUUGAAAGAAAAAAAAUUGUCUUUGCUGGGAACUAUAAGAAAAAACAAGCCUCAACUUCCCCCUGAGUUUAUCAACACUAAAUACAGGCCAAUAAAUAGCAAUUCAUUUGGCUUUACUAAAAAUUGUACAUUAGUAUCUUAUAUACCAAAAAAAGGAAAAAAUGUCUUACUAAUUUCCAGCAUGCACAAUGACAAUGAAGUAGAUGAAGAGUCUGGAAAACCGGAGAUAAUUCUAGAAUACAACAGAUUAAAGUCUGGAGUUGAUGUUGUCGACAAGCUAUGUGCAACCUACAAUGUGGCAAGAAAUGUUCGGAGAUGGCCAAUGGUAAUAUUUUUUGCCUUAAUAAAUAUUGCUGGAAUAAAUUCCCAAAUAAUUUAUUAUGCCAAUAAUAAUUUGAAUAUUUACAAAACAAAUGCAAGACGAAGUUAUUUGAAGUCAUUAUCCAUGGAAUUGUGUAGAGACCAAUUGCUGAGAAGAAGUAUGUUAUCAGUAGGAAUGCCGAUUGACCUUCAAAUAAAACUUAAACAGUUUCGACCUGCUCAGGAACAAGAGGAUCAACAAGCAUUAUGUCACAAUGGUCAGAGAAAGAGAUGCACAAAAUGUAGAGAAAUGAAAAAAGUUCGUUACUCAAAAUAUAUUUGCAAAAAAUGCUGCUCAGAAGUAUUUUGCCUAGAGCAUGCAUGUAUGGUAUGCGAAAAUUGUUUUAAGAAAAAUGUUGAACAAGGCGAAAUCGAUUCCGAAUAGUACAAGUGAUAUCUACAUUUUUUUUCAAUGUGUGUUAGCUUUGAUAGGAUGUAAGUUUUAUUGCGCAAUUCUGUUAGUUCUUUAUAAUAUUUUUUUCGUAUAUUUUCUUUUAACUUUUAUAAAUUAGUAUUUCUAAACAUGUAUCAUUCUAACUUUUCUUGGAAAUAUCAAAUAUUCUUGUGUUUUAAGUAAUAAUUUUAAUUUUUAAUUAUUGUAAAUAUGAAUAUAGAUGGAUGUAUAUAAUUAUAUUGAAUAUUUAAUGAAAAUACUUCAGACUGAAGCUUUCAUUAAGCCGUAAUUUUAUUUUAGCAAAAAUGUUUUAUUGUUGCAACUUGUUUCUAUUGUAAAAUAAUAUGUUUUAAUAAAUGUUUUUAUUAAA